AUGGAGAAAUUCGUUGUGGGCGUGGCAGCUACUGCUUCAACAUUGGCAUGCUUGGUUAUGGUAAUUACCAUUCCUCAGCUCUACAAUACUAUUUUAGAGGUACAUGAUGAAGUUCUUGAUGGAGUCAGUGUCUUCCGAAUGGAAACCGAUGCCGCCUGGACUGAUAUGAUGGAUAUUCAAAUCACCGUCACACCUCCAUCCAAACCACGUGUCAAUCCAUUCAACUCCAUUUUCCGUCAGAAAAGACAAGACUUCUCCGGUCUCCCUGCUUGGUGUCAAUGUGAACCAGCAAAACCAGUUUGUCCUCCAGGACCACCGGGACCACCAGGAGAACCAGGACAGCCAGGAAACGCCGGACCACCAGGACCACCGGGAGAAGACAAUACUUCAACAUAUGCUCCAAUCACUUGUCCACCAAAAGAUCCAGGAUGCGUCAAGUGCCCGGCCGGACCAGCCGGACCACCUGGACCAGAAGGACCAGCUGGACCUGCUGGAUCUGAUGGACAACCAGGAGCUGCAGGAGAUGCUGGAAAGGAUGGGCCAGCAGGACCACCGGGGCCAGAUGGAGAUUCGGGACCAAAUGGAGAACCUGGACCAGAUGGAGAGCCAGGAGCACCAGGAAAGGAUGGAGAGAAAGGAAAGGGAGAACCAGGACCUGCUGGACCACCAGGACCCCCAGGACCAGGAGGUCCACCGGGAGAUUCUGGAAGUGCAGGAAGCGAUGGAGCUCCAGGGCCGCAAGGACCACCAGGACAAGAUGGUACACCUGGAAACGCGGGACCAGAUGGUCAACCAGGAGCCCCAGGAGGUCCAGGACUACCAGGAAACGAUGCAGCAUACUGUCCAUGCCCACCAAGAUCAGCAGUGUUCGUCAACAGAUUCGCCCAUUAA